UAGCUCAGUUCGAUUCAAACUGGCUGAACGAACGGUCAUAGCCUUAUUAAAAAUAAAAAUAAAUGUUUACUUUUAAUUUUGUAAUAUGAAGCCGCGGAUUCGUUCUUUUUUAGAUUUUAGGGAGUAGUGAUGUGACAGUUUUGAAAAUGAAAGUUUGUGUGUGUAUAGUUCUUGUCAGUUUGUGUUUCUGUGUCAAAAUGGAUCGGAGGGCGGAAGAGGGGUAUCCAAAAGGCUUCAUGGCUGUUUGUCCGGGGUCCUCCAAGCCAGCCUCCAUCCCGCGCAGCCAGCUGCGGCACCUGCUCUUCAUCGUGCAAGGUCUCGGCCGGACCCGCAAGAGAUACACCUAUUGGAGCGCGAAACACAUCGCCAGUGACCCUAGGAUAGACUUUAACAGGAAGACCCUGCUCCUCGCUAUCGGGUACCUGGACAGCACGAACUUCCCCAUCUCGAGCAUGUUCGCCAACGAGUACGAGGCAAGAGGGUACAACGUCAUCCUACUGGACAACCAGCGGUUCGCCACCGUACACUAUUACUUGGCUAGCCGCCUUAUGCGACCUGUCGGCAAACACGUCUCCGAAAUCCUCAUCCAACUGACAAACGCCGGCUUGAACCCAUCCACAUUAGAGCUCCUAGGCUUCAGUCUAGGAGGCCAGACCGUCAGCUAUAUCGCUAGAAACUACCAGCUCGCCACCGGAAGAAAUAUCUCCAAGAUCACUGCUCUAGAACCUUCAGGACCUUGCUUUAGAGAUUUGAAACCUGACGAUCGUUUAGAUGCUUCCAACGCGGAUUUUGUAGAGGUUAUCCAUACGAAUAUAGAUGGAUACGGAAUGGCGAGUAGAAUGGGGCAUGUGGACUUCUAUAUCAAUGGGGGAGAAUACCAGCCUUCGGAGAUAACUAUGUUCCCUUGUGCGACGACGUGCAGCCAUUUCAGAGUGUUAGGACUUUGGCUAUCAGCACUAAAGCAUCCUGGGAAGUUCAUAGGAUUAAAAUGUGAUAGUAUUCAGCAGGCGAGAGACUCUGAAUGCUAUGGUAGACCUUUAGUGACCAAUGUGUUGGGUCUGAAUGUGGAUAAGAGGAAGCAUGGGAUAUUUUACGUGUCUACUAGUAAAGGAUACCCGUUUUAUUUGGGGAAAAAUGGAUUGUUGCCUGAAUAUGCUGCUUGGAGGAGGCUCAGUGAUAUCAAUUUGGGAAAUCAGACUGAGAUCUAUACCUGAAUGCGUAGAUUAAUCAAGAGGAUGUUGUAUAUGUGAUUAGAAAAGCAUUUUGAAGGAGUCUUUGUGGAGAAGGGAUAAGAAAACGUCCAAGGGAAAGGGGAUUUGCUUUUUUUUAUUAUCAAUAAUUUAAGGUACCUUAACGUCUCAGUGCUCGAUGUAGAGUCUCUAUUUUUACACGACUGCCCAAACAAAAAGAGUGAAUUGUUUUCAGCGUUCAUGUUUGUAUGUAUAUAUGUAUUUAAAGACACAAGUUUUUGAACUUAAUCUAUAUAUAUAAAUGCAAGUGUCCUGACUGACUGACUGACUGACUGACUGACUGACUGAUUCAUCAACGCAGAGCCGAAACUACAAAAGCCAGAAAGUUGAAAUUUGCACACCAGAUUGCAUUUAUAAAGUGUACAAGAGAUAAGAAGCGAUUUUGAGAAAUUCAACCCCUAAGGGGGUUAAAAAGGGGAUGAAAGUUUGUAUGGGGUUAAAGUUUUCUUUUAAGCUAGGAAUUUGAAACUUCGUCAAAAGAUAUAUUAUUAAAAUACAAGAAAACUAAUUUCAGCGUUUUUGAAAAUUCAUCCCCUAAGGUGGUGAAAAAGGGGUUGAAAGUUUGUAUGGAUAUCAAAAAAAAUUUCAAGUGGUGGACUUGAAUCUUUGUAUUUAGGGAUAUUAUUAGAAGACAGGAAAAGUAAUUUCAGCGUUUUGUAAAAUUCAUCCCCUAACAGGGUGAAAAAGGGGUUGAAAAUUUUAAUCCAUUACAAAUGCUUUGAAACUUCGUAGAAAGGCAUAAUAGCCGAUUACAAAAAAAAGUGAUUGCAACGUUUUUGGAAAUUCAACCCCUAAGGGGGUUAAAAAGGGGAUGAAAGUUCGUCUUCGAGUGCAAAUUUUAUUUUAAGCUAGGAACUUGAAACUUUGUAAAAAAGUAUCAAAUUCAAAUACCAGAAAACUAAUUUCAGCGUUUUAGAAAAUUCAUCCCCCAAGGUGGUGAAAAAGGGGUUGAAAGUUUGUAUGGAUAUCAAAAAAUUUUUCGAGCGCGGGACUUGAAUCUUUGUAUUUGGGGAUAUUAAUAGAAGAAAAUAAAAGUGAUUUCAGCGUUUUGUAAAAUUCAUCCCCUAACAGGGUUAAAAAGGGGAUGAAAGUUUGUAUGGCGUUAAAGUUUUCUUUUAAGCUACGAAUUUGAAACUUCCUUAAAAGAUAUAUUAUUAAAAUACAAGAAAACUAAUUUCAGCGUGUUUGAAAAUUCAACACCUAAGGUGGUGAAAAAGGGGUUGAAAAUUUGUAUGGAUAUCAAACAUUUUUUCGAGUGUGGGACUUGAAUCUUUGUAUUUGGGGAUAUUAAUAGAAGACAAUAAAAGUAAUUUCAGCGUUUUGUAAAAUUCAUCCCCUAACAGGGUUAAAAAGGGGGUGAAAGUUUGUAUGGGGUUAAAGUUUUCUUUUUAGCUACGAAUUUGAAACUUCCUCAAAAGAUAUAUUAUUAAAAUACAAGAAAACCAAUUUCAGCGUUUUUGAAAAUUCAUCCCUAUGAUGGUCAAAACGGGGUUGAAAGUUUGUAUGGAUAUCAUCCAUUUUUUCGAGCUCGGGAUUUGAAUCUUUGUAUUUGGGGAUAUUAUUAGAAGACAAUAAAAGUGAUUUCAGCGAUUUGUAAAAUUCAUCCCCUAACAGGGUUAAAAUGGGGUUCAAAGUUUGAAUCCAUUACAAAUGCUUUAAAACUUCUUAGAAAGACAUAAUAGCCGAUUACAAAAAAAAGUAAUUGCAACGUUUAUGGAAAUUCAGUCCCUAAGGGGGCUAAAAAGGGGAUGAAAAUUCGUCUUGGGGUGUAAAUUUAAUUUUAAGCUAGGAACUUUAACUUUAUGCAAAAAAAAGUAAUAAAUUAAAAAACAUGAAAACUAAUUCAAGCAUUUUUGAAAAUCAUCCCCCAAGGUGGUGAGAUAGGGGUUGAAAGUUUGUAUGGAGAUCAGAUAUUUUGUGAGUGCGGAAUGCGGAACUUGAAUCUUUGUAUAAGGGCAUAGGUAGGUACCUAUUAUCAGAAUACAAGAAAAGUAAUUUUAGCAACCAACAUCAAAAUCCACUUGACUUAAAACUUCAUACAACUUGCUAAAAAAGAAAAGUACUUAAUUUCCUUAAUUUCAACAUUGCUUGGAUAUGAUAAUUAUAAGUACUAAAGAUGUAAAAUGUUGAAGAUAAGAUUCCACGCGGACGAAGUCGCGGGCAACAGCUAGUGAUAAUAUAACGUAGUGAUAAUAUGCUCUUUGAUGAUAUAGUAGUUGACACUGACAGUACCGAGCACUGGGAUAUCUACUGUGGUUAGUUAAUAAUUAUUUAAUUAUUAAUUUAAAAUAUAAUGAAUAAAUUAACACAUCGUAGUAGGUUAGGAACAUUGCCAAAUGUAAACGACAACUAAUAUGAGAUAAGUUUAGAAUAUCGGAUUACGAAUGUUAAGACGGGUGGCAGUUAAGUUUCCAAAAAAAAUGCUCAAAUCAAAUCAAAGAUUCAUUGAUUUCACAAAAUGUAAUUAAAGUUCCUAUUGGAAAAAAUCGUGCCCCAAGUAUUUUAUGAUAGGUACUUAGGUAACUGAAUUUUCAAACGACACGAUUUUUGUCAACUAGAGUUACGGCUCCGUACAGUCGCCCUGAAUAUAUCAGAGCGGCCUCACAAACAUCUGAACAUGCCUCUUGCCAUAGAGUGCCUGCGCAAGAGUGCCUAUUCAGAUAUUUUUGAGCACCUCGGCCAUUCAGAUAUAUCUGAUGAUCAGAUAUGACUGUAUUUAGACUUUACACCUCUGAUAUACCCAAUCAAUGAAUCUUUGGAUCAAAGUGAUAUUUAAAAGUUCAAAUAAAUAGGUACUUAAUUUAAAA